AUGCGGUUUGACAUUGUUGCGCUCUUCCCUCUGGCCGCUAGUGCGGUCAACAUCAUCUCAUCCAAUGAUGAUGGCUGGGCGGAAGCGAACAUCCGUGCUUUCUUCGAGUCUCUACAAGCGGCAGACCACUCAGUUGUGGUAUCUGCACCCGCCGAAAACCAGAGUGGCAAGGGCUCAAAGGACGAAGAGCCGACGGUCUUGACUGAGCCAUGCCAGUUCAACAGCUGCCCAUCUGGCAGUCCGGCUGUGGGAUUUAAUUCUUCGGAGCCCCGACUUGGUUAUGUCAAUAGCUACCCAGUGACCGCAAUCAAAUACGGCAUUGAGACGAGCGGCCCGAAAUUCUUCAACGGUGCUCCAGACUUGGCCGUCACAGGUCCAAAUGUUGGCAGCAAUAUUGACAUCGUCAAUUACUUCUCCGGAACCGUGGGCGCCGCCACCUAUGCUGCACAGAAUGGAAUUCCCGCUCUUGCCUUCUCCAGUGCUAGUGGCUCCCCGACCUCAUGGGAUAGCCCGCGCCCUGCCUACAGCGAGGUCUAUGCCGAUUUGGCUACCAACCUGACAAACCAGGUUAUUGCUUCUGGCAAGCCAUACCUACCGGAUGACAUUUUCCUGAACGUCAAUUUCGGAAAGGUUACGGACGAAUGCGCAAGUCCGGCCGAUUUCUCUUUCGUCCUCUCCCGCAUCCACGUGGCAGUUCCAUUGAUUACUGAUGAUGAUGUGACUACCUGCGGUGAUUCGAGAUUGCCAAGCGAAUUGGAAGUCUCGCUAGCGUCUGGUUGCUAUGCAAGUGUCUCGGUUGGGAUUGCAUCCGAGAAGAAGGAUGCCGACGCUGAGAUGCAGGGGGUUGUUUUGAAGAAGCUGGGUAAUUUGUUGACUUGUCUUCCAUGA